AUGACAGAUACCUCCUCCCUCGCCAUCACGCACGCCACCACGGAUUCGUAUCCGGUCCCCGUCCCUGCUUCUCUCGGAUCCCCCAUCGCCAACGGGGCGAUCUCCGACUCGGUCGCGCCCGACGAAGAAGAGCCGUACACCAUCAAAUGCAUCUGUUCAUUUAAUGAGGAUGAUGGUAGCACGGUUUUCUGCGAAGGGUGUGAGACGUGGCAGCACAUCAUCUGCUAUUACCCGGACAAGCGGGUGCCAGAUGUGCACAACUGCGUCGACUGUGAGCCUCGCCCGUUGGAUGCCCGGCGCGCAGCUGAGCGUCAACGCCAACGGCGGAUCCGAGAGCAGAGUGAGGACGGUGACCGGAAGAAGCGCUCGGGUACCAAAUCCCAAAAGAAAAAGGUCCGAGAUGGCGACGUGAAUGGAUUUGGACAUCAGCGGAGCGAGUCGGGGGCUCGCGAUCAACCCCCAGCUAAGAAGCCCAAAACUGGUCACCGAUCCUCUGCGUCCAUCAGUGCCCUUGCGGGUAUGCCGGCCCUUCCCGCCGAGAGCCGAAAACGCCGUUCUUCCACCUCUGUCGCCCCUAGUCCUACCAAACCUCCCGCUCCUUCCAUUCCCCUGUACUCCAAGGAAUUCCUCCGUCUCUAUGACCAUGAUGAUGAACGUGUCGACAGGGACAGCAACCUGUUCGUCAACGUCAGCCUCCUGAGAGAGACUGCGGUCUGGGUUAAGGACCCGGAAGCCCUGUCUCGGGUGACCAAUGGCGGGGCUGAGAAUACCUUCAACCGGUCCGAUGCCGCUCUUGAUAAAUCUCGCUGGCCCGCGUUGACAACGGAUACCAUCACUGAUUCCACAGUUGACAUUGGCGGGAAACAUCCUACCUGGAAAGUUGUUAAGACCCUGGAUGCCGUGCAAAAAGAUCAUGUGGUUGGCGAAAUCACAGGCAAAGUCGGCAUUUUCGAUGACUAUUGUCUGGAUCCAAACAACCACUGGCCCGAGCUCCGUCACCCCGAACCUUUCGUUUUCUUCAGCUCUCACCUUCCACUCUACAUUGACAGCCGCCAUGAAGGCAGUGUCCUUCGCUACACCCGCCGGUCAUGCCGUCCCAACGUGACCAUGAAGAUCUUCAUCACCAAUGAUGUAGAGUACCACUUUUGCUUUGUUGCAAAGGAGGACAUUCCUGCGAACUCGGAAAUUACCAUUAUGUGGUAUCUGGAUUCUCAAUUCUUCGAGUCGACGAACGGCCUGGUCAAGCAAGAGGACAGUGCGACGGAGGCUGCUGCUAUAUGUAUCAGCAAUACGCUCGCAAACUUUGGUGGUUGCGCGUGCGACCAGCCAAACUGUCUCCUUGCCAGCUUGGACCGCCGACGAAACCCGAAAUUGCUCGAGUCAUCCAAACAAGCAAACGGCAAACGCAAAAAGGUGAAAACAAAGUCCGUUGCCUCGCCCCACGACACGGGCCGCGCAUCCACUAGUCGGGCGGGAAGUGAGACUACCAAACAUCCAGAAGAGGACGAUGGUGCUGUCGAGAGCCGCUCUACUUCUGGCUCCGCGCGGGGUCAACCCCGUAGUCGCGACCUCAGCCCCGCUACAACCGGGCCAGCGGAACUUUCCACCCGCGAGAAGCGAAAGAUUGCAGACGCCGAGAAGCAAUUCCAGCAGUUGGAACAACAGGACCAUCGGCCAACUACUCAGCGCAAAAAGAAGCGAGUGAGUGGUCCACCGUCCGCAGCGGUCUCAACUGCCACUCAGGCGGGGUCCUUCGGGGCUCACCGAGGCUCAACCAAAUCGCUGCAGCUUGACACUGCUGGCCGCUCUCGCUCACCCACCAUCGCCAUGUCGCCUGCAGUUUCUGCUGCCGGUCGUCAGGGAUCACCUCGCAAGACCUCGGGGUCCAACACGCCUUUCGCUCACUCCCCUCUCAGCCGUCCCAUCUACGUCGAUACGGCUAUUCAGUGUGAUAUGGAUGAAGUAGAGUACCAAGCUGCGCGCGACGCGUCUCCUCGUCUGCGUACUGCUUUCGUCCCAAGGACUGUCCGAAUUCUGGAGCGGUUCAAAGCAGAUCGUCUUCGAGCGCAGGAGCUUGCACGUCAACAGCUAUCCUCGGCUGGCUCGGAUUCGGUCGUCACUGCUGGGUCCUCAUCGCCAGCUCUCAUUCAGUCCCCAAUUACAAAACAGGAGAAAUCUGAUAUUGUCAUGCCUGAUGCCGUCACUUCUAACCUGCUUCAUCAUGGAGAUAUUGAGAUGCAGGACAUGUCACAUGCCCUUUCAUCCGACGCUGUUCAGACAGAUCCAAGCAAGCCAGUGAUUCCACCUCCGUGGCCAUCUACCGCUGCGCACAAUACCCAACUUCCCAGAAUCACUACUCCGGAGCGUACCCACCUACGCGUCUCGAUGCCUCCACCAAGCAUCCCUAAUGUCUCAUCUGCCGUCAGUCCCGGCUCCAUGUCUGCUACAAGUCUCGCCUCUCCCAUCACUCUCGACACAUCUCCACACGCUACUCUUUCCCCACAUGGCGCAAUUGCACCCACUCCAACCCCUGCUAAGAAAAAACUUAGUCUUGGUGAUUAUCUGAUCCGACGCGGUACGAUGGCAACGCCAACAUCCGAAAAGACCCAGUCUUCCGAUCAGUCCAAUGCUGUCCCUUCGAUGCAGAAAUCACCAUCGACUUCGGGCACAGGGCCCACAGCCAGUGCAGAUGGGGUCCAGACUCCAACUAAACAAUCCCUGGAUGGCAAGUCAGAGUCUCUGGAUCCCCCUGAUGUAGCGAUGAAAGACGCACCAGAGUCAACCCAGCCACCAGCUUCUUCCAUUUCUUCGUGA